AUGGUGCUUAGUCUUUCACUGUUUGAUCAACAUUUGGUCAGCAGAUUUUCACAUUUGGACCAACUAAUACGCAGCGAGGAUACGUUGAGAUCCUCAAACUCAGAGCGCGCACGUUCAUCGAGCAACGAUGGUUGUUAUUUCGAAAGCUUGGUUCGGAAAAUAAUAUUCUUCCAACUUUUUAACCUGCAUUUUGGACCCGGAUCAAAAAUGUUUAGGCACAAUUUAUCAUUUGAUUCGAUACUCUCGGCUUUGAAGGUCACGCUCCCCGGCAUUGUCUACGAAUGUGAUCCCAUGGCCUGGCACCUGAGACUUCUGGUUUGGGUUUUGUUGGGCCUAUUAACUGGAGGUGUAGGGCCCGAAAAAAGCACGUCUGUGGGAUCUACUGGUCGAGAUCAUACGAUUUCCGACGACAAAUUAUUCUCGCAUCCGUCACCCAAGAAUGGUGAUCGAUCAUCGUGGGACGCGCAUUCGUUUUUCAAGGUCCCGAAAAGUAUCAAAGAAACGGAUGAUACUGUACACGACUGUCAACAGACAAAUCCUUUGGAGGCAACGCCAACAGCUGCACAACAGGAAAUAAAAAGCGCCAGAUUGACCACAACCACUAUAUCUUCGGACCGGUCUGCGCCUUCCAAGGUUGACACGGGAGCCGCCACCCAGAGACAAGAACUUCACAAGGCCGCUUCUGAUGCGCCAGUUUUUGAUAUGAAUCGUGUCGAUUUUGAUCUCCCACCACUAGAUGAUGCUGCCACCGGAGGAAUAGAGCAGCAUCAACUUCCAACUUUCAAUGAGUUUCACGCUAUGCUUUCCGAAGGCAGUGGAGCUGCAGCUUCUAACGGCGGUGGAACGGAACAAAAAACAAACAAAGGAACGGACAAACCCAGUCGUACCAGUCAGUCGACUAUCUCACAGUCCAGGCAAGGGAAGGGCGACAAGCCACAUCAUGGUGUGCACUCUUCGUCCGAAUCUACCGGCGAACGGAGAUCGAAGCCACAGGCCACUCGUGGAAAUAAUCUGGCACGUGGUGAAAGCCAAACGUCAGUAGAAAAUGAACACGUGGGAAGUUUGGCUCCAGACGACUUAGCGGAGAAAUCACCCACGGAACAGGACUCCUCCUUUAACGUGCAUGAUGGGGAUGGUGUUCACAUGCCUUCUGGACAGGGUCGUGUCUCGUUCUCCGAUCCAGAAACCGACCGAGCUGAGUCAGCACGAUCCAAUAGUGUCGACGGUGUCAAACCGUCCGUUUCUAAUGACGCCCCAUCAGAACCGAAGUCAACCGAUUUGCGGUCAGCGAUACCCGUCACACUCAGGAGGAACGUCGCAGCAGUUUCUUGCGGUGCGAAGCUCCUUGAUUCCAGUAAAGCUAUCAAAAAUGCGGAGUCUAUCCUCAACGGGAAUAACGAUGAGUACAUGAAUGUCCCAUGUAGCGCAGAGAAAUGGUUUGUCAUCGAAGUCUGUGAACCAGUUCAGCUGCGUGUGAUUGAAAUGGCCAACUAUGAAUUGUUCUCCUCGCGCGUCAAGAGUUUCCGAGUUCUGGUCAGUGAUCGAUAUCCAGCUAAGACCUUGGACACGAUUGGUGUAUUCACGGCACAGGAUGUCAAAGGUUUGCAGACGUUUGACGUUUCCAGUGACAAGCUGAUCAAAUAUGUCAAGUUUGAGAUGCUGGAACACUACGGCUCGGAACACUACUGUCCCAUCUCCAUGAUUCGUCUCUUUGGCCUGGUAUCUGACGAUUUGGAUGACGAUGACGAUGAACUCUCGAUGCAUCAAGUCAAUCAUCAACUUCCCACCGGUGGUGUUCCAUCUAGCACGCUGUUCGAUUCCGUUCCAGCCGUCGACCCGGCGAAUGUCCCAUAUGGUGACGCGGGCUUAUCCCGGUCUCAUCAAGGUACUGAUGCGGUUGAACUCCCGGCGGUUCUGAACCUACCAGAAUCGAUGAAAAAUCCUCAGGUUGACCCUUUGCGACAAACUGGUCCAACAGACUUGCCUCCACCUUCUCAACGCGUUACAGAUGACACCCAUCUCGGUGAAGAUACCGGCCAUGGGCCGCAACAAGGUCUACCCAAUCGAGCCGCACAGCUGCGUACGAAACCUCAAAUGGACAGUCCUAAAGAUUUGAAAUUGUCCGGGGAGCUCCACGGUGGUCACGCAGAUUUUGAAAAAGACCGGGCGGUUUGCAAACUGGAUCAUUCGGAGAAAUGCAGAGUCGGCAACAGUGGUCUGAACGGUGCUCCAGUGGACCGAGUACCAGCGAUAGACACCACAACAACCGCCUCACCUCCAGUCCAGUCUACUGGUACAACUCCGAUGCAUCCCGUUCACAGCGAUCGCUCAGCAGGGUCGGGUGUUCCAAGUCCCCAGUCAUCGGCCGACUUUGUACGCAAGGCGGAUGACCAGUCCUCAGCUGUAACGGAAACAGGUGGGAAUUUUUUCGCGAAAAUCAAAAAUUUUUUUCGGAAUUUGUUCAGCACUUCGUUCUUCCGAGUUACUGUACCCGAAACCACACAUGUGGACUACAACCUUUCGGCCAUUCAGCUCUGUCCCGAUCAUCUGGCCGCAAUCGAUAGUCUCCUGUCAUACGGGUUGUUGAAUGCCUCUUUGGACUCAUCUACUCUCUUCCUGUCGGAUCGAAGUCGACGAGGAAUCACCGCACUGUCGACUUGUUUAUUUCAAUUGGAACAUCUAGUCCAACCGGUCACCACAGUUCUUGGCCAUAGCCCAGUCACCGUCACCCAUCGUAUCUUGUCCAUACCACGGAAGGAUGGGACUGCAGCAUUCCAGUCCUGCUCCGAAGCGAGUCAACUGUUGAACAUCACUUUCUUCAACGGUUACCACCCGACUGAUCAGCUACAAGCGACUGUCCGGCCAAAGGUGGAAUACAAUAUACUACAGCUCUUGGUUGCUUAUCAGUACCGGUACCAGUUUAAACAACAUACCACUCCAGUUUCCUCUGCCUUGGUAAGCCAUUCCCCUCUCGCGCCUUGUGGAAAUUGGUGGACACCGAAUCAGCUGUCUCUUCCGGAAAAUUCAGUAUGUCCGAAAUUACCCGACUUUCUUUUGACCGUGGACCGGUAUUCUGAGCAAGAUCUCGUUCAACGCCCACCUCAGGUCAACCUGUCUCUGUCUUCGGAAAUUCGCCAUCAUUCGGCCCUUCCUCGUCAGCCUGAGCUGUCCAUGUCUGAGACGAUAGUUGUUCCGGCCGGAUUGUCUGGGUCGCGGAAAGAUACGGUGAUGAUGCGCUUGAGCAAUCGUGUUCGGCUUUUGGAGCGCAAUGUGUCAGUCAGCAUGAGGUACUUGGAAGAACUGAGUCAGAGCUAUCGUCACCAGAUGGAGCGUCUGUCCCGGUCAUUCAACCUAACCAAUGCCUGGCUGAAAGCGACUGCCCAAGGAGCUCAAGAACGUGAUCAACUACAACAGUCUCGAAUUGAUCAACUCGAACUCCGUUUAGAGGAACUGCUGACACGCAUCAGAAACGGUUCGUUAGCGUCUGCACCCAACGCUUCUGUCGGUCUCUUGGACGAUGCCGUCUCUUUGCGAAACCUACAAAACAAGCAAAAUAACACUCUCGCAAUCGAGAUGUUCACUCCUCCGUUGCCUAAUUUCGAUCCACCUCCAGACUGGAAUCCUUCGCCGUCUGUCUACUACGGUCAGUGGAAUCAACUGGAUGAGGAUUGGGGAGACGAAGAUGCUUUCGUCGAGACCGAAGAGGAUACUCCUACUCAUGUUAGUCACGUUAACGAACCAGCUACGAAAAGUGGGUUGCCGCAUAAGUCCUCUCCGAUUAGUUGUGUCUUUCCUUUGCGGGACCACGCUGGUCGCCAAUGUAUCGAUGUGCACAUUGAAGAACCGGAUAGCUGGUGGCAAUAUUUCCGAACUUCUUGGAAUCGGUGCACCAGACUAUUCCUCAGUUCCAGUCUAUGGUUAUCACAUGUGGUUUCGACACACACUACGCUGUUCGGAAUGAUCUCCAUGGCUUGUGUUCACUUCGUGUUUGCACUCACGUCACAUGUGCUGAUUUACCUGGUUUGGUUACGGCCGCAUGGACGAAAAUUGAGUAUGCCCCCAAGCGGAUCUUUUACACUUAUUCAGUCACGAUCGGGGGAGUGGUUGCUUACACAGAAUCCCACCCACAAGGCAGGCCUCAUCUCUUCAGGACGAUCACAAAAACCGGGGGUUCCCGGGGGAACAGUCGCAAUAUCCUGUCAGGGGAGUAAGGAUGUGGUUGGUACGACCCGACAGAGUCCAGCUGAACGAAAGAUUGGUGUGGCGCUUGUCAAACCAUCCAGUUCCAUCCCACGCUGUGUCCCCUCAGCACAGCACCGCAAGGAAGUUACGCCCCCUGGUAAUGUCGAAUAUCACCAAGUUACACCAACCGAUGCGAUUGCGAAAACUUCUCAAGUUCCCUCGCCUGCGUUUUCCACUACGUCAUCCACUAGGCAAACCAACGGUGGUCUCAAAGCCUACGGGUCCAUGUGUUAUGAAAAAUUCGUACCUUUGGCCCAUUCAGCUACCCACACUUUGCCUCGUUCCAUCGGGAGCCACUUCUCCAGUAUACGGUCAUCCAACACAGACUUUCCCGUUUACAUGCCCCGUGCUCCCGACCCCCCCGCGAAAUUUGUCCAAGCUCAACACAAAUCGAUCGGUGCUUCGGUACGUAUUUUUUCGGAACGUAGUACCUUCGUUGACAAAGAGUUCAUUUUUUCAACUCAUUUCUUUGCAAAUUUUCUGCCUUAG